CCAACACUCGACAAACCAUGGAUGCGGUCCUUGCCAAUGCUCUGGAACUUCUGGACGCCACGAUCGGCCGGAUGGAAGAUGUCUACAAUGGCACCCCAUCACCGCUCCUGGACCAUGCUGGCUUCGUACGGGAAGUCGACGAGCUCUGCAAGUGUCUCAGCGACGAUGUAACGGCUAGAUCUGUGGUAGACCACCGAGACCUCGAGAAUGCUGCCUUCACGGACCAGAUCAAUACCACGGUUCUCGAUAUCCUGGACAUCUGCAAGGACAUGGCUCGCGCCGUCACCAUCAUCGAGCCCAUCCAGAGUCGUAUCCGAUUCGUGCUUCCCCGUAAGCUCCGCCGAAACGAGUUUGAGAACAGCGAGCCGCGUGGCGUGGCGUUUGCAGAUAAAGGACGGUCCGAUGCAAUUUCGAGAUUCGACGCCAUGUCCAGGGGACGUUCCAUGAUGGCUUCCGACGAGGCAUACCUUCUCUUCUUGGACUCGACCACGGUACUCCAUCGGGCGGGUAUCUGGAUCUCGGAGAAACUCCUUGCCAUGCAUCACUCGAGGCACGCCAAGUACGCUUUCAAAUUCACCGUUGUCAUGAGCAUUCUGGCUCUUCCCGCUUACAUUGACAACUGGUAUAUCUGGUACGACUCGAUGCGUGCCCAGCUGGCAAUGAUUUCGGCCAUGGUGGCGAUGGAAACAACUAGGGGAAUGACAUUCCGAACGGCGGGUAUGAAACUGUUGGGGGCGGCGAGUGGUGGCAUCACUGCCUUUGUGGUGGUGGAGGCAUCCCAAGGUCAUCUUGCGGUGUCGAUUACACUGACGAGUCUCGUCGGAAUUUUGAUCGGAUGGCUUGUACUCCACCCAGUGUUCAGUAAGUCGGGGACCGUCUUCGCCCUGGCGUACAAUUUGAUCCUGGGUGUCGCCACCAUCUUUCCCGAGCAAGGUCCCGUACAUUACGCCCUUGGACGGCGCCUCGCAACCCUCCCCGUUGGCUUGCUGGUCGCAACGUUUGUCCACCUGACGCUGUUUCCGUACCACGCCCGCGAGGAAAUGGUGAAGAGUCUCGGUUCGUCGCUCGACUGGCUCCACCAUCUCCUCUUCGCCAUCGAGGCUUCGGAGGAACACCCCAGCCUACAGCAGAAAUUCGAUGCGAUGGUGCAGAAGGCCAGCAACCGUGUCGGCUUCGCAAAAGGCCUGCUCCCCGCAACCCACUACGAGAUAUCACUGGGAGGACACUGGCCCUACAAACGCUUCGAAUGCAUCGUCGAGAAGAUAAUUGACCUGAUGGACAUCAUCGUCGGCGAAGUACCGGCCGAUCCAGUCCUAGCCAUCCACCUCCUGCGCUCGACCGCCUGCGAGCGAGUGCGGACCAAACUCCUGGGCUCACUCUGCAACGACCUCCUCGUGACCUCGCACACGCUUUCCGCGCGGCUAUUCAUGCCUCGGCACGAGAGCAUGUCGACACUAGUGAUGCAAGAGUACAUCGACUCGCUGCUGCACCAAGCGCGGCGCGAGAACGGUGGCGCGGGGAAGAACUACGUCGACAUCGGCCGCCUCGCCGACCUCGUCAGCGAAAUGAGCUUCCUCCGCGAAGAGGUCGAUCAGCUCACCGCCGAAACCCAGUGUCCCAAGAACGGCCUCCUCCCGCACCUCAGCUUUCAUAUACGGAAGAGCAGGCCUGGCACCCCCUCGACGUCGAGGAGUAGAAGUAGAGCGGCGAGUCCGGCUACCCCUAGGAUUCGAAGCAGAGUCACGAGUCCCUCGGCACCUAGAGGAAGAAGUAGACCUCCAAGCCCUAUCGAGUUUGCGCUCAGUAGGAGUAGAGCCCCCAGUUUGAUUGGCACGGAUGAGGAGGAUAUUGAAGAGACGAAGAUCGUGGGUGAUGAGAAUGUUUGACUCUAGUUCUAUUUUUUUCUCCCUUUUUUUUAUUUUCUUUCCUAGUAUCUCUUUCUUUCUUUGUUCUCUUGGAUUCGAUAACGGCCUAUUCAUUAUCUUGCUUUUGGUUUUGGUUUGGGAUUUAUCAUUUAUGACCUGGGAAGGGACGGGGAUGGGGACGGGGUUGGCGUAUUAUAUACCAUUGAUUUCGGGAUGAUUUUCUUUUUCUUUCUAUUGUUCUUUCUUGCUAUAUCUUGUUCUUGGUUUUUCGAUUCGUUCGGGAGUACGGUAUCGGUAUUGGAUAGAUGGAUCAUGGCUGGGAGCAAUGGGCAUUAAGAGGGUAGCGGGUGUGGCGGG